AUGGCUUCAACAGGUUAUGGGCCCAGCAGAGAAUCACGCUGGUCAAGGUUGACUUUCGAUGGAAACGAAAGCAAUUACGAACUGUGGGAAGCGAAAUUCCUUGCGCACAUGAGGUUAUUAAAACUAAAGGAUACUAUCCUGCCGUCUGAAGAAGAGGCUGACGCAACAAAGAACGAAGAAUGCUACGCCGAGCUUAUACAGUGUUUGGACGACACCAGUCUGUCAUUGGUAAUGAGGGAUGCUACCGACGACGGCCGAAAGGCUUUACAAAUACUCCGAGACCAUUAUGCAAAUCAAGGCAAACCAAGAAUCAUCACACUCUACACUGAGCUAACGUCACUUGAAAAAGCACUUCACGAGACAGUCACAGAUUACUUAAUAAGAGCCGAGAAAGCAAUAACAGCGCUUAAGAACGCAAAAGAAACGUUAAGCGAUGGGCUAAUAAUUGCUAUGAUCUUAAAGGGGCUGCCUGAUUCAUAUAAACCGUUCUCGAUACAUGUGACCCAAAGUGCAAGUGAGAUAACGUUCGCGAAGUUUAAGAGCAUGUUGAGGAGCUUCGAAGAAACGGAAAAGCUCAACACCAAACCGAAAGUUGAUCAGGUAAUGAAAGCUGAGUUUCCUUCGCAAACAAUGACAUGUUAUGGCUGCGGGAAAAGAGGGUAUUUAGUCAGAGAGUGCCCUGCUAAGAGCGAGAAGAAGUGGUGUAACUAUCACAAAAGUACAACACACUCGGAUAGCACCUGCAGAAGUCAGCAAAAGAGCAAAGACCAAGCCAAACAGGUGUCGGAGAAAGAAAACACCUCUAAAGAUGAACAUUUAUUUGCAUUCAAAGUUAACGACGAAGCAACAGGGAAAAUCAAUCGAAUGGGAAUGUUGGUUGACACAGGUGCCACUUCUCACAUUGUUACUACUGAUAUUUUAAAGCAAAUAGACAUGACAUUUAAACCAUCAAAACAUUACAUCGAACUGGCUGAUGGCACACGAGCCAGUAAUAUUGCAUUGAAACGAGGGGAUGCUGAAGUGUUUCUGGAAGAUACAAAUGGAAAAUGUGUGAAAACGGUGCUGAAAAACGCCUUAUAUAUACCAUCCUAUCCUCAAGAUAUUUUCUCAGUGAAGGCAGCCACAUCAAAUGGAGCCGAGCUUCGAUUUGCCCAAGAUACUGGUGAGCUAACCCUUGAAGAUGGUACCAUUGUUGAACUUGAAGAACAUGGACGGUUGUACUAUUUGACUUCCAUAGACAGUCAUGAGAACGAUAGCGUAAGUGAAGUAGAUAAA